ACAGCAACUACUACUUUGCCACUGAGCAAAAUACCUCUUCAGUUUUCCCUCCAAGUUGAUGGUCCAGCACCAUCUUGCACUGAGGGUGAAUAUCUACCACGGUUCCUCCACCCAACACCUCAUCAUGGAGAUCUCUUGCAGGCACACUUGAAUGAGGAGCUUGAGAUUAGAAUUAAAGCUUCUGCAACUUUUUCAAGGAUCAUUGAUGUCAUCAUUAGUGGACCUCUGAACAGUUCAAAGCACAAAACUAACACUGGAGAAUAUGUGAUUAACUGGACACCAACUGCAGAUAACUACGGCCAACAUUUUCCAUUUUGUUUCAUUGCAGAAGGACAAUAUGGGUCUAACAUUUACCAAUCUGAAAUGAGGUGUGUCAUUAUAAAAGUGGAAGAUGCAGGGCCCGUGGCGCACGUAACCUGUAAACAGGACUCAAUGUCAGUGACAAUUGAGAGAUCUUCCAUCAAAGGGAUCCAUGGCGAUCAUUUGAGGCUGAUAGAUCCAUCUUGUCAGGUUAACUCCAAUAGUACCCAUGUGUUUGCCAGCACACCUCUAAAUGGUUGUGGCACUCAGAUGGAGGAGAAUAAUGAUGAACUCAUCUUCAAGAAUAAAAUUGUUACAUUCGAUGACCCCAAGGACAUUAUAACCAGGAAGCAUGAAAUAAAUAUUGAAAUCUCUUGCAAGUACCAGAAAAGGAGCAACCUUACUUUAGAGUUUGAUACUCACAGACCUGGCAUCAACUUCUUCGAGAAAGGCUUUGGCUCCUUCAGCUAUCAGUUUGAGUUUUAUGAUUCUGCAAGUUUCUACAACAGAAGAGAUCCAAACUCAUACCCACUGGAGUAUGAUGUGGGACAAAUGAUCUACAUGCAAAUUGAGCCCGUCACUCCAGUCCAAAACACUGAGGUCUUCAUUGAGUCCUGUGUAGCGACACCCUACGAUGAUCCCAAUCACCCAAUAUCUUAUCCCAUCAUCACAAAUGGAUGCAAAGUGGAUGAAACUGUUCGGGUUUUCUCUAAUCACAAACCAUAUUUCCAGUUUGGCAUGGAGGCUUUCAAUUUCAUUGGGCUGCACGACCAGGUGUUCAUCAGUUGUUCAAUUAUUAUAUGUGAGGCAAACAAUCCCAACACCCGCUGUUCUCAGGGCUGCAUUAACAGAACAAUAGCUCCACCAUCACACCAACACAGCAAAAGAGAAGCUCCCCUCCAGACCUCCAGUCACUUCAUCUCCCAGGGACCCCUGCGACUGAAGAGGAGUGUGUCGGAGGUCAACGUGAGCCAAAGUGUGAAUCUGAACAUGGUUGUUAUCACUGGCGGUCUCCUGGCAGCAGUUGCCAUGGUGUGUGGAGUGACUCUCUACAGAUCCAGGAGGCCAAGUGUCAGAUACCAACCCUUGCCAACACAUGAGUUUUGAGCAUGUCAGCUCUGUUUAAUAAUUUCUCAAAGCAUAAUGCUCUAUAUUUCUGUGCAUCAGUUUCUAAGCAUGGAGAUCAUUUACUGUAUGUUUCUACAGCUGGGAUUAAGGAACAAUAGGAUUUAAAGGGAAAGUAAGUUUUCCUUUAAAAGGACUUUUGUACUGAAUUUUAAAUAAAGUACUGUAUUUUGUCAGUAAA